AUGCCUGAAGUAUCGUCUCAAGGAAAUUUCUAUGUGAACGCGCAAGAAUUGGAGAAGAUCGUUUUAGCUUCAAGCGGUGAAAGUGAUGUAGACAAAGGAGAUGCCAGCAAAAGCCUGCAUCGGCAAGAAUCUGAUGAUGAUGAAGAAGAAAAAGAAGAGGAGACUGUACGACUGUCAGUUUAUUCUGAUGUUGCUGCUUGGCCAGUUCCAGUUCCAGAUGUCUUAAGAGUGGACCUUAUUAAGAGGGGAAGUGAACCUUUCCAAAAUAGAGAUGGGCCAUUCAAUCCUGUUGAAAGACAAGGAGAGAAAUCAAAAGGGAAGAGUCGACAGCUGACCACUGCAUGGUUCUAUAAGGCUCUGCCUAAUGGCGAAAAAAUUCUUAGAACGUGGAUGGUGUACUCUCCAUCAAAACAGAGUUUGUUUUGUUUCUGCUGCAGACUUUUUGCUGUAGAUGACAAACUAACAGGUACAUCUAGUUUUGUCACUGGGUUUCAAUUGUGGUGGAAGCUGAACCCAAAGGUGUUUGAUCAUGAGGCUUCUGAGCAGCAUCUUACAUGCUUGGAGAAAUGGAAGACCUUGAGAGCAGGAUUGAAGCUACAAAAAUGCCUUGAUCAUGUCCAUCAAACAACAGUGGACAGAGAGAAAAGGAAAUGGAGGGAUAUUUUGCAUCGCCUCUUGGAUGUAACUUUGUUUCUGGCUCACCAGAAUCUUCCUUUUCGUGGUUAUAGAGAGACCAUGUCAUCAGCAAACAAAGGAAACUUCCUGGAAUUGAUAGAUUUGCUCUCAAACUAUGAUCCCAUUUUAAAGGAACAUUCCAUGCGACUGAAACAUGCUGUUGCAUCUGGAAAGAGAAUGACUUCCUAUUUCUCUCCAAAAAUUCAGAAUGAAUUAAUUUGUCUUUUGGGGAAUCACGUGAAGGGCAAAAUAGUGGCUGAUAUCAAGAAAGCAAAAUACUUUGGGAUUCUUUUUGACAGCACCCCUGAUGUGUCCCACACUGAUCAGAUGUGUGAAGUGAUCAGAUAUGUUCAUACAGGGAGUGACAAGGUUGAAGUAAAAGAAUCAUUCUUGAGCUUCUUUCCUAUUGCUGGAAAGACUGCUGCUGAGCUCACAGAAAAUAUCCUGCAACAUCUGGAGGAAGAUGGACUAGACAUAAGUCUUUGCCGUGGUCAAGGAUAUGAUAAUGCUGCAACUAUGGCAGGGAUUCAUGGUGGUGUGCAGGCAAAAAUAAAAGAGAUUAAUUCCAAGGCUUUGUUUAUGCCAUUUCUAGAAGAAGUUAAUAUCACACAGAAGUAUUUGCAAACAGUGGGACUCACUCUUGAAAAGUGCAUUGUGAAACUACAAGGUCUGAAAGCUUCUCUUGCAGAUCAGCGCAGUGAAAUAGUGGAGAAGGCCAUUUGUUAUGCAACUACUACAUGUGAAGAAAUGGACAUUUCUAUGGAAAGGAGAGGGAGAGUAAAGCUCCGGAAAUCAAUGCCAGGAGAAGGAGAAUGCCAGGAGAAGGGAAAGGACGCUGGUCUCACAUUGCCAGAGGAAAUGAAAAGGGCUAUGUUUGAGUGCCUUGAUCGUUUUCAUCACGAGUUGGCAAUUCGUUCUAAGGCAAUUGAAAAAAUCCUUUCCAUAUUUGCUGUUAUUCAGCCAAACACUCUGGUAGUUGCAACAGAGGAAGAUAUUCGGAAGUAUACACCAAAAUUGACUGAGAUUUUUGACGAAUUCUCCAAUGAAGGCAUCUUUAUGGAAAUUGAACGUCUUCGGAGGCAUUUGGAAGCUGCCAAAAUCAGUGUGGAAGAAGCAAAGAAAUGGACGGUAUUGCAGUUCCUGGAGUUCAUUGUUAAAUUGGAUUUUUGUGAAUCUCUGCCAACUUUGUCAUUGUGUUUAAGAUUCUUUUUGACUCUCUGUGUGUCUAUUGCUUCAUGUGAAAGAAGUUUUUCCAAAUUAAAAUUAAUAAAAAAUUUCUUUCGCUCAACCAUGAGUGAGACAAGGUUGACAAAUCUGGCCAUACUUUCCAUUGAGCAUGAAUAUGCAAGGCAGAUUAGCUUUGAUGAAGUAAUCGAUAAAUUUGCAGAAAUGAAGGCUCGAAGGCAGAGGAUGUAA